AGAGACAGAGCCACGGACCGGUCACUCCCCCAUACACGAGCUUCCCGGUUGCGCACGUUACGAGAGGCUAUAAAAGCUGGCAUCUCGAGACAGUGGCAAUCAAGCAGCAAAUCAAUACAGCAUCGCGCGCGGCGAACCUCUGCAGAGUGUCGUCCGUUUUUCUUCCAUCAGGGGGACUUGUUGCAUUUAAACAGAGUGACAUUGUAUUUAUCCAGAUACAGGUCAUAUCUGUUAUUAACUGUCAUGCUGCUCCGGGUGUGGGCCAAACUCCCGUGGUUGCUCGCGCAGCUGCUCGCCAUGCUCUACUCCACUGUACAGGCGCGUGCGAAAAUAAACUCCAUCUCAACCGUGCUGCUCCGGGAGUCGCACGCGACGUCGACCUAUAGGAGCACGGGUUCCCCGUUCCCCGGCACCGUGAGGAAGAGCGGCAAGGUCCCCGACCAGGUGUACCCCUGUGGCAGCGACCUGGAAUGUGGCAAGGGGAGCUUUUGCCAGGCUCCCUCCAGAAACCCCUCCCCCCAACGAUGUCACACCUGCCGACAGAGGAAGAGGCGUUGUCAUAGAGACGCCAUGUGCUGCCCCGGCAACCAUUGUAGAAACAAUAUCUGUACACCUCUCCCAGACAGUGUGAUGACACAUCAUAUCACUGUGUUAGAGGAACACACCAGACUGCCCCCAAAGAAGAAGGUUGGUUGGAAGAAGAGAGGGAGAGGUCAGACCAAGCUACCCCCCAUCAAAGGUCAGCUGGGUGACCCGUGUCUCAGGUCUACAGAAUGUUCUGCCGGUCUGUGUUGUGCUCGUCACUUCUGGGACAGGAUCUGUAAGCCCGUGCUGAGGCACGGGGAGGUGUGUACGCGGCACGGCAGGAAAGGACAGGAGCUGUUCCAACGCUGUGACUGUGGAGAGGGACUGGCCUGCCAAGCACUCCGUACAGCCCUGCCAUCUUCCUCACCGUCAUCGUCAUCGAAGUCGAUAGCAGCAGCAGCUAAAGCAAGAUUGUACUUGUGUCAGAGGGAGUUAGGAAAGGAGUGA